AUGGCUUUGGUUGGAGAGGCUAUUCUCUCUGCCUCCGUGCAGGUGCUGUGCGACAAGAUUGGUUCCAGCGAGUUCAUGGACUUGUUCCGGAGAAAGAAACUGGACGAGUCGCUUGUGAAGAAACUGGAGAUAACGUUGUUGAGCCUUAAUGCGGUGCUUAAUGACGCGGAGGAGAAGCAAUUCCUGAACAGCUACGUGAAAGAGUGGCUUGAUAAACUUCAAGAUGCUGUCUUUGAUGCGGAUGACCUUCUGGAUGAGAUCAAUGCUGAAGUUCUGCGAUGCAAGGUGGAAGCUGAAUAUCGAACCGUCAAAACUCAGGAUGUGCUUGGCCUGAGAGAAGGUGUUGUUGGGGGGAAGGUUUCUCAAAGAACUCCAACAACUUCCUUGGUGGAUGAAUCUUGCGUGUACGGUAGGGAUGGAGAUAAAGAAAAGCUGAUGAACCUCUUGUUAUCUGAUGAAGCAAGCAACAAGGACGUAUCUGUCAUCACCGUAGUGGGAAUGGGCGGGGUUGGCAAGACAACCCUGGCUCAGCUCCUUUAUAAUGAUGACAAAGUGAAAGAGCAUUUUAAUCUUAGAACUUGGGCUUAUGUUUCGGAAGAUUUCGAUGUUACUAGGGUAACUAAAACUCUACUUGAGUCAGUCAGUUCAAAAGAUUACAAUAAUAAAGACCUGAGUUUUCUUCAAGUUGAGCUAGGACAACAAAUAAAGGGCAAGAAAUUUUUAUUUGUGUUGGAUGACCUUUGGAAUGAGAACUAUGGUGAUUUGAGUGUCUUGCAACGUCCUUUUGCAUCCGGGGCAAGUGGAAGUUGGGUCAUUGUGACAACCCGUAAUGAGAGUGUUGCAGCCCGCAUACGCACUGUUCCGAUUCACUUUUUGAAACAGCUGUCCGAUGAGGAUUGCUGGUUGUUACUUUCAAAACAUGCCUUUGAAAAUGGAAACUCGAGUGCACGUCUGGACCUGGAAGAAGUUGGUAAGAAAAUUGCUACUAAGUGCAAUGGUUUACCUUUAGCUGCGGAAACACUUGGAGGCCUCUUACGUUUCAACACAAAUUAUGAGGAAUGGAAUAGCAUACUAAACAGCAAUAUUUGGGAGCUGCCUCCUGAAAAAUGUAAUACAAUUCCAGCUCUAAGAUUGAGUUACCAUUAUCUCCCAACUCAUUUAAAACGAUGUUUUGCUUAUUGCUCAAUUUUUCCGAAGGGCUAUGAAUUCCAAAAGGAAGAUAUUGUUCUACUUUGGGUGGCAGAAAGUUUAAUUCCACAAGCUGAGAGUGAGAACAGAAUGGAAGAGCUCACUAAGAAAUACUUUGAUGACUUAUUAUCACGAUCAUUUUUUCAAAGAUCAAGAUAUGUGAAAUCACAGUUCACAAUGCAUGAUCUCAUCAAUGACUUAGCUAUGUCUGUGGCUAGGGAAUCCUGUUUGAGAUGGGAAGGGGGCGAAUCACAUGAAGUUUUCAAAAGAGUUCGGCAUUUGUCGUAUGCUAGAGGGCAAUUUGAUUGUGCUGCAAAAUUUGAGCCAUUAUAUGAGGUUAAGAAUUUGCGAACCUUCCUACCUCAAGGAUUACACGGGUAUCCGUGUUAUGUAAGUAAAAGGGUUUUACCCGAGUUAUUGCCAAAUUUAACAUGUUUACGGGUGCUAACAUUGUCAAAAUAUCAUAAUAUAGUUGAGUUACCCAAUUCUAUUGGUAACCUCAUUCAUUUGCGCUACUUGAAUCUCUCUAAUACUAGAAUCAAAAGGUUACCUUCUACAGUUUGCACUCUUUAUAGUCUACAAACAUUACUAUUGGCAAGUUGUCGGUCUCUUUUUGAAUUGCCUGCAGACAUGAGAAAAUUGAUUAAUUUGAGGCAUCUUGAUUGUAGUGGAACUCAAAUUGAAGAGAUGCCGGUGCAAAUGGGUAGACUAAAAAGUUUGAGAACAUUGACUACUUUUGUUGUGGGGAAAUCUACUGGGUCGACUAUUGGCGAAUUGGGGGAGUUGUCCCAUCUUGGAGGAAAGCUUUCAAUUUUGAAGCUUAAUAAUGUGGUUGAUGGUAGGGAUGCCUUGCAAGCUAAUUUGAAGAACAAACAAGAUCUCAAGGAGUUAGAGUUGGCAUGGGGCUCCAAAGAUGCCGAUCAUUCCGAAAAGGUGAAAGAUGUACUUGACAAGCUCCAACCUUGCAUGAAUUUGGAGAAAUUGACCGUCACACUUUAUGGCGGGACCAGCUUCUCAAACUGGUUGGGAGACUCUGCCUUCAAUAAAAUAAAAGUUAUGCGCCUCGAAGGCUGUCAUUAUUGCUUCGAGUUGCCACCGCUUGGACAGCUACCUGCUCUUAAGGAGCUCUUCAUAUGUGAGAUGAAAUUUCUUAGGACGAUAGGUCCUGAGUUGUAUGGUCAGCCAUUUCGGCCAUUUCAAUCGCUGGAGAUGCUGGUGUUUAGGGAGAUGGCAGAGUGGGAGGAAUGGGUACCAAGUGGAAGUGAAGGUCCAGACUUUCCUCGUCUCCAGGAGUUGAUUCUUAUAAAGUGUCCAAAGCUAAGAGGAAGCUUGCCUUGUGAUCUGCCUUGCUUGAAGAACCUUAGCGUGGAAGGGUGUGGGGGUUUUACAUGA